GGAAAUGGGAAAUGAGGGAUACGUCGUCCUUUGUUGCUCAAGCAUCGGGCCCAGGCCCAAUCUACAAGGAAAGGCCCUUGCCAUCCGGCAAGUGUCAGCCAAUCCCUUCUCUCCUCGGCGCGCGGCCGGCCCAUCGCCCCGCAUGGCGCCGCAGAGCUCCGUGCCCCUCCUGAGGGCCCUCCCCGCCCUGCUCCUCGCGGCCGCCCUGCGCGGCUGCUCCGGCGCCCCGGCGGGCGGCCGGGCGCUGCAGACGGUCGUCGGGCCCGACGGCACGCUCACGCAGGUGGAGCCAGCGAGCCCCGCGGCGGCCGCGGCGCUCGCCGCGGAGGGCACCCCAGAGAAGUCGGGCCUCCGGCGCUCCCAGGGCCGCGCGGGCGCCGCGGGCGGCGCCGGGCAGCCGCCGGCGUACGGGCCUACGCGGCCUACGGCCUACGCGGCCCCGGCCUACGCGGGCGGCAGCCCCGCCUACGCGAGCCGCGGGGCGCCGCCCGGGUACUCGGUGCCCGUGGCCUCGGCGGCGCCCGCGUCCUCCGCGCCCGUGUACUCGGCGGCGGCGUCGGCGGGCCCGCCGUGCCUCGUGCCCAUGUGGGACGAGGAGUCGUACGUGUGCAAGUAUCGCAUGCUUCGAUGCACGGGAGCCGCCAAGUUCGUCGAGGAUACGGCGAUGCGGGAUCCCGGCGCUGCUCUUCGGCAUCUCUGCGACGGCGUCGCACUAGACACGAGCGAGGUUCGAAAGUACGAAGAGGCGUUCGCGCACUGUCAGUGGGAGCCGGCAGGGAACAGCCGGUGCAAAGGGGGGAUGUGCGAAGAGUGCGAAGAGCUGAAGUAG